UCUUCGCCCUCGCCACUACUGCCUCUCGCGCCUCAGCCGCGCCACCACAUGCGCCACUUUGCGCGGCAUGGCGGAAUCCCUUUCAGCCGUCGUCAGCCCGAUCGCCUCUCGCCAGUCCGCUCCUGUCUGCCGGCCCUCCUCCCCUCGCACCCGCCCUCGCCUCUCGCGCCUCUCCUCCGCCCUCCGCUUUGAUCCCCCCCUCACCGCCGUCUCGCCGCGUCUUCUCCCCCUCAAAAUCUUUUCGCGCGGGCCACGCGCGUCCCGCGCAUUUCCCCGCCCACCCUCCGCCUUUCCGGUUGAUUCAGUUCCUUGCGCCGCCGCCACACCGCAAGCCCAGCGCGCAUGGCGGAAGCUGUGGGCGCAACUGGCGGAGGAAUUGGGCAUGCGGAAGCGGCGGCGGUGGCGGUGGGGCGUGCUGGACUGGUACCUGGCGCGGAGCAUGGCGGGGCCGUUCGCAGUGGCGGCGGGCGUGGCGGCGAGUGUGGGCGUGGCGCUGGGGUCGCUGGCGGAGGUGGCGCGCGUGGCCGCCAACACGGGCGCGCCGCUCCGUCUGGCGCUGCUGGUUGCGCUCCACCACCUCCCGCGCUUCCUCGCGCUCGCCCUCCCCCCCGCCUGCCUCGCUGCCUCCCUCUUCGCCUUCUCACGCCUCCUUGCGCACAACGAGCUGGCGGCCCUGGCGGCAGGUGGGGUUGCGUGGGGCAGACUGCUGCGCGCGCCAGUGUGUGUGGGGGUGGCGGCAGGCGCGCUCAUGCUGGCAUGCCAUGAGCAUGUGAUACCGUGGGCCAUGGGCAGGGCGCAGCGGAUGGUGGAGGCAGCGGUGACAUCGGACAUGGCAUCACUGCCAUCACAGGAGCACGUCUUGCUGCGAGAAUAUGGUGCGCAUGCACAGCAGCACCAUGACCCCCUCGCGCUCCUCCUCACCCACCUGCACCCUUCCUCACCUCUCGUCACCUUCCCCCCUCCUCUCCCCGCCAGCCCUGCAGCCAGUGCAGGGGGGGCAGUGGCGGCAGCAGGCAAGGGGGGCGAGGGAGGGGCGGUGGGGGCGGGGCUAUGGCGGGUGUGGUAUGCGGGGGAGGUGGGGGGCGGCACCAUGCGGCGGGCGCUGCUGCUGCAGCUCGCACCCGAGGGGCACGUGCGGGCGGUGCUGUCAGCGGAGCACUGCGUGUGGCAGCCGCACUCGCACACGUGGCGCCUCCUCAACUGCUGCUUGCUGCCCCUCGCCUCCCCUGCCCCCCUGCCGGCCCCCCUGCCUGCCACCGCCCCUGCCCUCCCAUCCAUGCCGCACACCGCAAUGCUAGCGCCGCCCCAACCACCCACUUCACUCCCCUCCUCCUCACCGCCCUUAGCCCACCCCACUGCGGCAACUGCGUCCUUUGCUCUCCUUCAGCUGGAGGCCCUGGACGUGCCUCUCGCCUCCGCACGCCGCUCCUCAUCGCCCCUCGCCUCGCACGUGGCCCUGCCGCCCUCCUCCCUGCCCCGCCACCUGCUCUGCGAGCGCGCCAGGCACCUCAAGGCACAGCUGGCGUGGCUGCAGCGGCAGGGUGCACAGGGGCGGCAGAAGAGGGUGUUUGGGCGGCAGGGGAGGGGGUGGGAGGAGCAGCAGCGGGUGCGAGAGCAGAGGAGGAGAGUGAGGGAGCAGAGGAGGAGAGUGGCGGAGGCAGAGAGCGAUCUGGUGCUGAGGGACGCUAGCUGCGCAUCAUGUGCUGCUUACGCCGUGCUGGGGGCAGUGGCAGUUCUCGUCACUGCUGCCCCUGCCACCGCCACCAGCACCAUCAGCACCAGCAUCAGCAGCAUUGUGCGCAGCAGCGGGGGAGGGCAGCGUGGCGGCAGCAGCGGGCAGCCCUUCCAGGUGGGGCUGGUGCUGGCGGCGGCCUUCCACCUGCUCUCCGCCGCCCUCGCUGCUGCCGCGCGCUCCGCCCUCCUCCCCCCGCUCCUGGCAGCCUGCCUGCCCACCCUGCUGGCGCUGCUGCUGCCCCCGCUGCUGCUGGGGCCGCACAACGGCAGCGGCGAGGCAUGGGCAAGGGUGGGUGGGGGAGAGGGAGGUGUAGAGAGCACGCGGGAUGGGGAGGAGGUGCAGUGAGGCGCAGUGAGGCGCAGUGAGGGGGGGGGGGCAUGGAGGGCAGGGCGAGGAGGGAGCAGUGGAGGAUGGACGGUGGGUCACGGGGACGAGCGACCAUGUGGCGAGGGGCGGGGGUGAUACCCACGAGUGCACAAGCUGAGCCAUGGGGAGGGCUUGAUGCAGCUGCCUGUGGCAGCAGUCAGCAGGGCGCAGAGGACUCAAGCCUGGAAAGCAUGUUACAUGGUAUUGUUGACUUGGAAAAGAACCUUUGGAAGCCAUAGCCUUGUAUAUAUAAUAUAACACAUUAGGAAAG